CAUUUUAGCAGAACAGUGACUAACUCAGAAAAUGGUCAUGUCUUGACGAGUGAUGAUGUUUUAAUGAAUGACGGUGAUUCUAUCCAAUGAGACUUUGCUUCGUUGAAACUUCCAUUUGCCCGCCCUGUUUGCCUAACGCGUAGUCAUUCCCCACACGUGCUUGCAUCAAUUGCAACCAUAAACCGAUACGGACAUAUUACAUUGAGGGGUUUUCCAACGACGACUUAUUCGUUUUCUUCUUCAUAACCAGACCUUAUAUUAACACAUUUUCGUCACAUUAUCACUAUUUCCCUUCACAUUAACACUAUUACUAUCCACAUUAUCACCAUUUCCGCUAUGAACGCUAUCCCUACCACAACCUUUCGGGGCAUUACCAUCAACGGAGCGCUUUUCACUUCAGCAGUCGCGGAGCUUGCUUCUGCACAGAAAGAGCUUACCAUCGCCACAGCCGCCAAAAAAAUUGCUUCGCUAUCUACUGUCGCGUCCGAUGCGUCCGUGACGCUUGCAAUCAUAUCUGAAGCAGCGGUGGCUGCUACGGCCACUGACUCUUCAGCGGUAGCCUCAGCCACGGCAGCGAUCCUGUCGCUUAUGUACAACACUUCUGUUCUUUACUAUGGCUACGUACCCAGCCUCCCGGGCAACUUGCUUAUGCUUAUCAUCAUGGGCUUGGUGCUCGCGAUCCAGACGUUUUAUGCCGUGAAAUACCGCCAGUACUGGUACGGGACGUAUUUCUGCGUCGGUAUCGCAUUGGAAUUCGCUGGUUUCGUCGCCAGAGUGGUGUCACACUUCCAGCCCUUCAACCAAGGCGCUUAUAUGUGCCAGACUAUGUGCUUUACCAUGUCAGCCCGCUUCAUCUUGGGUUUGUUUUACUAUAUCUUGGAAAAACUUAUUGUUGUCUACGGCCAACAGUUCUCCGUCUUGAAGCCUACGCACUACCUCUAUAUUUUUACCUUUAGUGACAUAUUGUUUUUCGUCCUCCAAGUGACGGGCAGUGCGACUGCAGGUUCCGUGGUGUCCAAAAUGAGCUCGUCCCAUGCUCUUACGUAUGUUAUGCUUGCCGGCCUUGCGUCCCAGUUGUUCUCGAUAUCUGUUUUCAUUGUCCUUGGAUUGAUCUUCUUCUGGCGCGUGUACAAGGCCUCCAAGUUGGCUGAGCCUGGCUUUGACCCGAAAUAUGAGUACUUGCGCAGUACUUACACGUUUAAGGCUUUCCAGCACUAUGCUUUAGUGGGCAUAAUCUGCGGUUUUGUGCGUUCUGUUUACAGAGUCGUGGAGUUGUCAGAAGGCUGGACUGGGUACUUGAAGGUGACGGAGCCAUAUUUCCUUGUGUUGGAUGGGGCCAUGAUAGCUAUCACAGGAAUUGUGAUGUCUUUGCCAAGUGCGUAUCCGGGUAUCGUUGUGGGCAGCGAUGUUCCUAUCAGAAAGUACAACAAGCGUGUGGUGUCAUCGUUGGAGGGAGGUAUUGAAAAUUCCAGCGACCUGGAGGAGUUUUCCAAGGAAAGUAUCUCUAACUGAGAGUCUAUUUGGACUAUCACUACUAACCAAGCUUAAUUUUUUAUCAUAGCCCAAACACUAUGGCUUGGCUAAACUGGUUAUUGCCGCUAUUUUCUUAAUGAAUGAUUUUUCUAUGAGAUAAUGGUUAAUUCACAUAGAUUAUUCCCAGUAUGGAUAGGCAAGCUCUUGUUGAAGAGUUUCUUGAACCAACUAGAUAUUGAGCCAGUCUCACAAUUAUCUGAUUGGUUCCGGAAGCAUAGAGGCCUAACCGGUCUCCAGGAGCUCUAUGUUUUCUAUACCCCAUUGCCUUGUAAAUAUAUGACACA